CUUUCGAUCGUCAUGUCCGCUUCCUGUUUCUCCAAGCUAACUCCAGCAGGCUAAACAACGCGAGUGUAGAAUAUUGCUUCGUCGUCUAUUUUCACGAGACAAUUCUGUUUUAUAGCUUUCAUAAAAUGACCUGAAAAUGUUCAAGUCAUUUACACUCAAUUGGGUAAAUUGUUAAUAUUCUCGUGUGGGGCCUGUAGCAAGUUAGUAUCCAUUCAAGGCCAUGGCAAGUGCAUCCAACGCUAACCUGAAUGCAGUCCGGGAGACUAUGGACGUGUUACUGGAGAUCUCCAGGCUGCUAAACACUGGCUUGGACAUGGAGUCUUUGUCCAUCUGUGUGAGAUUAUGUGAGCAGGGCAUAAACCCAGAAGCUCUGUCUUCUGUCAUCAAGGAGCUGAGAAAAGCCUCCGAGACCCUCAAGGCUCCUGAGAAUUGCACAAAUGGAUGAAGCCUUCACUUGGGGUUUUUAACUGGAAUGCACCCGUUUCUUUACCCGAAUCAUGGAAGUUGCAGCCAUUUUGUCCUCACACUCUUCCCUCUGAUGCAGAUGUCAAUCUGAAUGUUUUUCCCUAAAAAGAGCACUAUCAUCUUAAUAUAAGCAAACACAUGACAUUUGUAAUAGUCCAUUUUUAAUCGUGUUUAAUUUUAAAUGUUAGAGAAGUGUCUUUUUUUUUUGUUUUUAUAUUUUGUAAACAUCCAUAUUGUGUCUAAUUCAAAACAACAAUCAAAGCCACUAGAUGGUGCUGUAACACCCUUUUUAUAAUCUGCAUUUAUUUUAGUUCAGGUUCAAAAUGGGCAACAGCCACAUGUAAAGAGAUUAAAAGUAAAACAUCUGUAGUGUUUACAAAUAAUUUUCAGUAUUACACAUAAGGAAAACUGGUCAAAUGAAAAGUCUUGAAUAAAAAAAUGCAUAAUACA